UAACAGGCUUGCUGCUAUCUGACAAUGUCUCAGAAGCAAAUUUCAGUCACGUUUGAAGGUAUAGACAGUUGGGAAGACAGUCGCGAAAAGGUUGAUGACACCCUUGCGGAACUGACGGGAACCAACGAAUACCCUGCAACUAGAAGUUUACCGCCUAUAAUAUUUGGCAUUGAGAUUAGUGAAGAAGGUAUUGGACGAUUGAGAAGUAUUGAUGGGGUAGUUGUCAGGGUGCACGACGAAAAAGACCAUGAUUAGUUGAUUAUCUGCUACCUACAUGUGUCUCAACUACAAGUGCGGCCUCACAUGGUUCGUUCCCGGCCGGACUGGAACGCUGGCGAUGAUUUUGGGAAUUGUGUUUUCCAUUCAGGAUCGGGGGCUGACUGAGCACGUCGCUACAAUGUUGAAUAGCGAUAUUAGGUGAUAUAUGGCCAAUGCAGUGCCCACU